AUGGGAGGAAGAAAAAGAACUUUUAAAGUCCUCAAAAAACCUAAAACAAUGAAACCAAGAGCAUAUUUUGAUUGUGCAGUUUGUGGAUGGAAAGACUGCAUUAUUAUUAAAAUCAAGAAAUGCUAUAAAACUUCUAAGUUGGAAUGUGAAAGAUGUGAAACCAAAUUCGAUAUGAAAGUUCGAUCACUAGAUGAACCUAUUGAUAUUUACCAUGAGUGGCUUCAUAAAUUAAAAACUAAAGCUAUUACACCCUAUCCAAAUAGAAUGUAAGAUGAAUAUGAUGAUACUGGAGAUGAAGCCAAUGAAAAUGAUGUUGAAUAAUUACUGAAAAAUCAAAAAGGAAAAAAAAAUAAAAGAAAAAGAAUUAAGAGGAAUGCGUCAGAGGAAGAUAUGUCCUCUAAGAAUGAUAAAGUAUCUGAUUCAGAAGAAGCUCUAGAUCGGGAUUAGGACAUCUCUGAAGACUCAUUAUUAAACAAAUAAAAAGUUGAAGACAAUAUUGAUGAUAACUAAGAAGAUGAAAAAGAAAAUGACUAAGAAGAUGAGAAAGAAGAUUCAGAGGAUGAGUCAUAUAAUAUUAAGGAAUAAUACAAAAGAAAAAGAGGUAAAAAAAAAUGA